UUGGAUGAAGCCAAUGCAUUCAAUCGAUUGCAAGAUGUAUCAACUGCUUAUUUAUCUGAGCUGCUGCUGUUUGCUGCUGGUGGCUGCCAGCAGCAAAGAGUUGGAAGAGGAUGUGACCUAUCAAUUUCUAACUGAGCAGGAGCAAGUGACGGAGCCUGCUCCUGACGUGACUGAGGCAGCAGCAGCUGUGUUUGACUUGCCUCGCGAUGGCAACACUUGCCCCACAAACUCGGAGCGUGGUCUCACUCGUCUCAUACGCAAUGCACGCGCUCAGCUGCCCAUUGAGCGUAUGCGUAAUAUUCUAGCCAAUGCUCGCGAUGAUGCCGAAGUGGCAGCGCUGCUGCGUCUUGUGCGCAGCGAUCAGUUCAAGGAGCGUGUGCAGUCACUGCGCAGCACCAAGGAGCAGGGUGUACUACGUGAUUACAUCUGUCGCGCUCUGCGGCUUAAUCAUAGUUACUUCUUGGAAUUUGUGCGCAGCUUCAUUAACACACAAGCGACUGAGCCAGCCAGCAGUAAAUUGCCGCAGCGUCGUCCUGGUGUGCGUGGCUUGCUGCUGGACUUGCGUGAUGCUUUGCCACGUGGCCAGCUGCGUGAUAUGUAUCGCCGUCAGCUUGCGGCGGAUAGAGACUUGGCGGAUGCAGUGCGUCGCUUGCGUGGCCCCGAGUUCCGGCGUCUCUUGAGUAAUGUCCGUGCUCUGGCCGAGUAUCGUGUGGUGCGCACUGAGCUGGAGAAGGCCGGCGUGCCCUUGCAGGCGCUGCUUAAUCUUGUGUCCAAUGCUUUGGGUUGGGGUAAUGCUGAUAUGGGCAGUGAGGUUGAUAUACUGAGCGCUUGAAAGGAAACAGCUGAGAAAAUGAGAUU